AUGGCAGACCCUAAACAGCAGAUCCUUGACCAACUCCGACAACAAGCAGCUCUACAAAAUGCGCGCGCGUUAGUCGAGAAACUGAAUGAACACUGCUUCGAACGCUGCGUCCCUAAACCCGGCACCUCUCUGUCCUCGUCGGAGACCACAUGCUAUCAGAAUUGCAUGGAGAAAUACAUGGCGGCGUGGAAUACGGUGUCAAAACAAUAUCUAGGGCAGAUUCAGAAGGGAGUCGGCGGCGGGAGCGCAGGGGCUUUUGGGGGAAUGUAG